CAAGAGUUUUAAAAUGAAUUUGUGGUUGUUGUUUUUCUGCUAAUUUCAAAAUAUGAUAUAUGAAAAUUCAGAUGAUUUGAAGCGUUCAAUGCAGAAUAAAGUUCAACAUGAAAGUGAAGAAGAAUGCGAUACUGAUGACAAUGUUUGGGAUGAUGAUUUUACUGAUUCAGAAGAAGAAGAAGAAUUAAAUGGAAAUAUUUCUCAUUCAUUAAUUAUUAACAAGCCCUUGCCACCUGUUCCUGUUGCUGAGUGUUAUGAUGUACCUCAACACUUUGAAGGAGAUCAUACAAGUGUCUCCAGUAAUAUAAAAGGUAGACCAAACAAACCUAAAAUGUUGCCACCUGAAGUCAAACCAAAAAACUUAACAGUCCUACCAGUAAGUUUUGCAGAAGAAUCAAGUAAUGGAGGAGGUCGAGGAGGAGCUCCUAUACCUGGUAAUUUAUUUAUGCAACAAUUGAGCUUUAAACUAAAGAGUCAAACUUCAAUAGAAAAAUCUCCAUUUAAAAACCGUCCCUUACCAAUUUGUCCAACUGAAGAAGAAAACUAUGAGAUUUGUGAACAUGUUGAGCAAAUUUCUAAUAAUCAUGAUGAGAAUUAUGAAAUAUGUGAUCAAAACAACUCUAGCCCUGCUCCUAAAGAAAAUAACUUACCAAAACAAACCUCAAAUAAAAUCAAUCUACCUGUUUCAAAAGUGCAAACAGUUACCAAGGAAGAAAGUUACAACUACAUUCCACCAAAUAUUAUGCAAACUUUCUCUCAAGUUCAGUCUCCAAAAGUCAAUUUACCUCCGCCAGAUGUUUACGAAUUUCCAGAUGUUGCUCCACCUAUUAUUAAAAGGGAUAGUAAGCAAAUCAACUCAGGUUCAAAUCAAAGUUUUAACAGGGAACCUGUAAAAUCUCACAAAGAAGAAAGUGUCAACACUGAUCCAUUGCAGAAAAUAUUUUCUAAGAUUGAACCUUCUGAAAGUUACAAUAAAAACAUUGAAGAAAAAAAGUCACCAUUAAUUACAGCGCCAGUAAGUAAUAACACAAUUCAAAAAAGAAGUUCGAUCAAUGAAAUUUCUAGUGUAAAACCCCAACCAAUCUUGGCGAGUAAAAAACCUCCUGAAAUCCAGCCAAAAAAGCCUCCUGAAAUCCAAUCAACAAAGCCUGAGUCACCAAUUUCUAACAAAGAAUCUUUUAAAAAACAGUUAAGUCUUUUGACAGCUCAAAAACCGCCAAUAAAAUCACGCAUAUUGCCAUCAUUACCAAAUGAACAAGAACAUUUCAAUCAAAAGAAUAAUCCUCAUGAACUUGAUGAUGAAAAUUAUGAAAUAUGUGAUCAAACAAACAGUCAUACAAAGCCAGUUUUAAAAGAAAUGUCUCCAGUAAAACCUGUAGAUACAAAAACUAACCCUUCAGUUGUUAGUGCUGGCACAUUAUCAAGAAAUAAUACCUAUAUUCAACCAAAUGUACCACUUUUUUUUACACAACCUCAACAAAAAACUAAAGAUUCUCCACUUGAUGAAACUCUAAAUGCUCCUCCUAUUAUCAAAAGAGAUCCUAAAAAUCAACCCAAUGCAGGAAAUAAUGAAAAUGUGAUCAGGGGUGUUGAUAAAUCUUUUCAAGAGAUGAAAGUCAGAAAAGAGCCAUCACAGAUAGAAAUAUCCAAGGUGACAAGUAUAGUGAUGCCUUCUCCUAACAGAAUUAAUGCUGCGCCCGAAUUUCCACUACCUGAAAAAAAUAAGGCUGAAAACCAAAGUAUAAAUGUUCAAGGAAAGCCCCAAUUGCCUGAAAGAUCUUUUCCAAAACCUAUUGUACCCAUUGUACCAAAAAUAAAUGGAAUUAAUGAAAAGUUAUGGUACCAUGGUGAUAUCAAUCGUGAUGACUCCAUAAAACUUUUAAAGUCCUGGAAUAAGGAGAGUGCUUUUCUUGUGCGCAAUACAAAUAAAGGGGAAGGCUAUUCUAUAUCAAUAUUUCACAAAGGCAAUGUAACUCAUUUGAGGAUAAAUUUAAAGGAUAAUUGCUUCUAUCUUGGGACAUCAGAGAAGCCAUUUAAAUCGGUUGAAGAUUUAAUCAAAUUCUACCAAUCAAACUUACUUUCACUUACAUCUGGUGCUGAAGUAUGUUUAACUACGACUCCCCCGCGUCUCAAAAAGUAAUUUUUGGGGUUUUUUUCAUAAGUUUAUUUUUUGUAAGUUUUUGUAUUAAAUGUUAAAGUUUUUUACUAUUAGAAAAGGAUAUUUUAAUUUAUUUUAUUUCACCUAAGAACUUUUUUUAUGUUUGGGAGAUUAUUUUAAAAAAGU